AUGGCGUCUACCAGCCGUUUGGAUGCUCUCCCAAGAGUCGCAUGUCCAAACCAUCCUGAUUCGAUUUUAGUGGAGGACUAUAGAGCUGGUGAUAUGAUCUGUCCUGAAUGUGGCCUGGUUGUAGGUGACCGGGUUAUCGAUGUGGGAUCUGAAUGGAGAACUUUCAGCAAUGAUAAAGCAACAAAAGAUCCAUCUCGAGUUGGAGAUUCUCAGAAUCCUCUUCUGAGUGAUCGAGAUUUGUCUACCAUGAUUGGCAAGGGUACAGGAGCUGCAAGUUUUGAUGAAUUUGGUAAUUCUAAGUACCAGAAUCGGAGAACAAUGAGUAGUUCUGAUCGGGCCAUGAUGAAUGCGUUCAAGGAAAUCACUACCAUGGCAGACAGAAUCAACCUCCCUAGAAAUAUAGUCGAUCGAACAAAUAAUUUAUUCAAGCAAGUGUAUGAACAGAAGAGCCUGAAGGGAAGAGCUAAUGAUGCCAUAGCUUCUGCGUGUCUCUAUAUUGCCUGCAGACAAGAAGGGGUUCCUCGGACGUUUAAAGAAAUAUGUGCUGUAUCACGAAUUUCUAAGAAAGAAAUCGGUCGAUGUUUUAAACUUAUUUUGAAAGCUUUAGAAACCAGUGUGGAUUUGAUUACAACUGGGGACUUCAUGUCCAGAUUUUGUUCCAACCUCUGUCUUCCUAAGCAAGUGCAGAUGGCAGCUACACAUAUAGCCCGUAAAGCGGUGGAACUGGACUUGGUGCCUGGAAGGAGCCCAAUAUCUGUGGCAGCGGCAGCCAUUUACAUGGCCUCACAGGCAUCAGCUGAGAAGAGGACCCAAAAAGAAAUUGGAGAUAUUGCUGGUGUUGCUGAUGUUACAAUCAGACAGUCCUACAGACUGAUCUAUCCUCGGGCCCCAGAUCUGUUUCCUACAGACUUCAAAUUUGACACCCCUGUUGACAAACUACCCCAAUUAUAA